AUGUCUUUUAGUCGUUCCAUUAGAGCUAAUUCAUUGAAUCAACAAUUUCCAUUAGCAGAGAGAAUAACUGUUGAAGAGCCUGCGGCAAACAAAACCGCUCAGAGCACCGUCACGUGUGUCUACCAGGCCAACAUUGCGGCGUAUUGGCGUAACGUGACGGUGCUGUGGUGCAAGAAUCUCAUGAACCAUUCCUUCAGCAUCAGGGUCGAUAGUCUAGAUAGCGACUUUCAUUACUCGUGCAAGAUUGACCUCAAGCCUUGGCAUUUCUGGAGCAAAAAAGGGUACAAGUCCUUUGAGGUAGAAGGGAAUCAAGUGGAGGUCUACUGGGAUCUGCGUUCUGCCAAAUUUGCGGGCGGCCCCGAGCCGUGCGCGGAGUAUUACGUCGCCCUGGUAUCGGACGAAGAGGUGGUGUUGUUGUUAGGAGACUACAAGAAGAAGGCAUACAAGAGAACAAAAUCCAGGCCUGCCCUUGUGGAUGCUUUUCUAGUUUACAAGAAGGAAAACGUAUUCGCCAAGAGAAGUUUCUCCACCAGGGCUAAAUUCGACGCCAGAAAAGAACAUGACAUUGUUGUGGAGAGCUCGACAUCGGGGCCUAGAGAUCCGGAGAUGUGGAUUAGCAUAGAUGGGAUUGUGUUGAUUCAUGUCAGGAAUUUGCAGUGGAAGUUCAGAGGGAACCAGACUGUGUUGGUCAACAAGAACCCGCUGCAAGUGUUGUGGGAUGUGCACGAUUGGCUGUUUACCAGCCCUGGCAUGGGGCAUGGUUUGUUUAUAUUCAAGCCAGGGGCACCAGAAAGUGAAAGUGACAUUGAGGGCAGCAGCCAUGGAGAAACUAUUGACAGCGAUGGCAGCACUAGUGGGUAUUACUCUACUCGGAGCAAUGCUAAUGUAACAUCACCUGAAUUCUGCCUUUUUCUUCAUGCUUGGAAGAUUGAGUAG